AUGAAAAGGAACCGAAAUGAUUCCAUUCCGUUAUACAAAUCAGCAACCAAUGAAAAUCUUCCUCCUAACGUAAUAAAGCAACUCGCAAAGGAAUUGAAGAAUCUUGAUGAAACACCGCCUGAAGGGAUUAAAGUCGUUGUUAAUGAUGAUGAUUUUUCAACCAUAUAUGCUGAUGUUGAGGGGCCAGCUGGGACUCCAUAUGAGAAUGGUGUUUUCCGCAUGAAGUUGAUACUGUCUCAUGACUUCCCUCAUUCCCCUCCCAAAGGUUAUUUCCUGACCAAGAUUUUCCAUCCGAAUAUUGCGACCAAUGGUGAGAUCUGUGUCAACACCUUGAAAAAAGAUUGGAACCCAAGUCUUGGCUUACGACAUGUUCUAAUUGUUGUCAGAUGUCUACUUAUUGAACCAUUUCCAGAAUCAGCUUUAAAUGAGCAGGCUGGUAAGAUGCUGCUUGAAAAUUAUGAGGAGUAUGCCAGACAUGCCAGGCUUUACACUGGAAUCCAUGCUCAUAAGCCAAAGCCAAAGCAUAAAACAGGAGCUAUUUCCGAGUCAACUACUGCCAUAAAUGUAGACCAGACAAACACCUCAGUUUUAAAUGUUGACCAAAAGAAUGCAGUAUCAGGUGCUGUACUCCAGUUGCCAUCUCCAUUGGCCACUUCAAAUGCCAGCAAAGGAGGAAUUGCUGCAGAGCAGCCAGCUGCUCUUAGUUCGACGAUGGAGACAGGAGUUAGUGCAUCGGCAACAGCACCACCAGUGACCCAAAAGAAGGAAGGUGGCGUGGUUAAAGUUCAGGCAGAUAAAAAGAAGAUGGAUGCAAGAAAGAAAAGUUUGAAGAGAUUAUGAAGUCAUUGGGAUAAUGAUGAUCUUUCAUGGAAUUUGUGCCUAAUGUUUUUCGUUUAUUGGAUAGAUUGGACGUAAAAUGAUUCGUGCAUAAAUGUGGAGUAUGUAUUUUGUACUGGAUAUAUUAAUGGGGACGCGAUUGAGUAAUCUUGCUUGUUUCUUUGUUGUAUUGUCUUGCUUUCCAUCUUUUUUUUCCC